AUGGAUAUUAUGAAGGAGCAGAAGACCCAUGGCAGCAAUGAGAUGCGCGUGUCAUGGGAUGAGCUCAAGAACAAGUUAGCGGAAGCUAACUGGAAAGAGGCGGGCGUUCCCGGCUCCAAUGAGUUUGACGACUAUGCCGCCAAGCUUGAGAAGACGCGAAAUGAGCGACUGGCCCAGCAGGAGGACGACACAAAGAAAGCCUUGAAGGAAUCUAGGCUUUAG